AUGGAUGGAAAUCCUCCCAGUUCCCACUACCGCAACCCGUAUACCCCGAUAUUGCCUUCUGAUGUGACGGGGCUAACCAGUUUCACGGCCCUAUCACUAUUGGAUUGCCUUUCUCCAAACCACCCUUUGAUAUCAGUUUUGAGAGCCGCUCAAACUGGAAAUGACCAGCUUACAGAGUUCUUUCUAUUCUCUUCGUUAGCGGAUGCAGACCAACCUCCUAUCCCUGGAGAAGUUACGACAUCUUCCGCACCCAUACUGGCCGCAAUAGGCCGAGAAAACAUCAAGGUAAUCGAGGUCUUGUUGAAACAGGAAAGCUUCGACCCUACACGCCGAUUACUAUGGGAACUAUUUCAAGAGUUCCCUGAACGCAAACCGACAGCUAAGAGUUAUGAUGAGUUCCUACAGAGGAAGUUGUACCGAAGAAUAUAUCGAGUGCUGGAGAAAAAAGUUGAUGAUGCACUGAAAGGUCAGCUGGAAGGAAUCAUUCGUGAUGUCCAGACUCAGCUGUACGAAGAAGUUCAAACUACUUUUAGGACGGGGGAAAAGCAGGGCCUUGACGGAAAUGACGAGAAUGCUACGCGAAUGCCUAUCUCCGGAAUCGACCUGAUACUACUGCUGCAGGACGCGUGUCCCCUGAAUUCCUUCUCUCCACCAUGGUCAGCCCUCAGUUUGGAACAUCUGAUGGAUAUAUCAAACAUUAGCUUUGAGCUUUUAUCUAGCCCUGCUGAUACCGUUAAGGAACACAACUUUAGUAUGGUAGUUUCGCCGUUAUACACGGUUAAAGCUACCCACGACUUUACUUCAAAUUACGCGGAGGAUCUCCCAUUCAGGGUUGGCCAGAUAAUAAUAGUCACCAACGAAUAA